AUAUGCCCUGUAUAUUUUUCAGAUUCAAGUUUUGGAUAAAACAAGAAUAUAAUAUUUCAUUGAGUUUAGAUGUCAGAAAUGGCUAGCAUAGUGGUUGUGCCAAAGGCGUCAGCUGGAGAUGAUGCAGAUGGACAACCUUUUCCAAUAGAUAAAGAAGAUCCUACGGAAACGGAGCGCUGCUGCUGGAUCUGUUUAGUGACCGAUAAAGAGGACGGUCGUCUGGCUUGGGUGAAUCCCUGUCCCUGCCGAGGAACCAGCAAGUGGGUGCACGAGAGCUGUCUUUUCCACUGGAUUGACGAGAAGAUACGAAAAGAAAGCGAUCUGGAAACCGUUUCCUGCCCACAAUGCCAAACCCAGUACAACAUCAUAUACCCGAAACUCGGGAUUUUCGCCAGUGCCUUGGAGCUGAUGAAUAGUCUCAUUUUAAGGCGCUUGUAUAAAUGCCUGGCCCCUGUCUUUACGUGGGUCUGUCUCUAUUGGUUAGCAAUUACGUUCGGAGCAAGUACAUAUAUGCAGAUCGGUGGUCAUACCCAUCGCGUCCAUCACGUAAUUCGGGCUAAAGACCCGUUGGUUAUUCUGAUCGGAUUCCCAUUAAUCCCAUUUGGUCUGAUACUUGGACGCAUGAUUCCGUGGGACGACUUCGUGUUGCGCUUCAUUAGAAAAUGUUGUUUAAUGAUGCGAAAUUUUGCCACGAUGUGCCUAGGCCGUGGUUAUGACCAUAAGGCCGACCCAUACCCUUGUGCUACUAUGGCUCCAAAAAUCGGAUCGCGGGUACUCUGUGGGGCGCUCCUCUUGCCUACCAUAUCAUUAUACGUGGGUAGGGUUCUUUAUAGCUCUGUCGAUGAUAGGUUGCAACAAACUCUUCUUGGAGGACUGACUUUCAUAGCGAUUAAGGGAAUCUUUAAAAUGUACCUCAAGCAUAAACAAUACCUUCGCCGAAUGAAAAGUCGUAUUUUGGAUUACACGGAUGAAAACCUAGCGGAAUCAGCUGAACAAUAGUUAAUCUCAAAAUCUGGAGAGAAGCAAGAAGUAAUGAGAAUAUUUAAAUUCUAAAGUGUACAAUUUUUGUAAUACAACUUGUCAAUAUUGCAUGCUGG